UGUACCUCUUCUCCUCCAUGUUGGGAUUGAUAACUGUAUGAUAUUGGUCGUUUCGGCGUUGCUUUGCUGAAAGAAUUCCGUAAAUUUUAUCUGCAGUGAUUAAUUUUUAUCAUUCAGGUCAGUGAUACGUAAUUUUGUUUUAUUUUAAUGAGUGGUUUUUAAUAUAGAUUAUUUGCUUCGCACAUUUGACUGUGUGGUCUAAUGUUAUUGGUUUCGUCGAGUGAAAUGGCGCCAGCCGGCGUUUGUUCAGCAAUGAAGAAGAAGAUUAGCGAAGACUCUGAUAAUGAAUUUUCUGUUGAUGAGCCAGAGGAACUGCAGGGCUCUGAUGAUGACUGGACUCCAGAAGCCGGAGAGGAGAAGCGGAGAAGUUCUCGCAGGUUGCGUAACGCUGGGGCGAAGAAACCUCGUCUGACGGAGCCAAGCACCAGUGAAGAGGAGGAAGAAGACAGUGACGGUGGGAAGAAAGGGAAAGCGAGAAAAGGAAAGCCAGCAGCAGCAACACCGAAACAGCGAGGCCGGCCAAUUAAAAAGCCACAGAUCACCCCAGUCCCCACCGGCAAGUUGAAGGCCAAGCCCACCCCGGACAAUAUUGUCUCGUGUGAAGCGACAUCGACAACAGGAGUACCAGCUGCUGGUGCGACUGCGACAACUGAAAAGGAAUUCACAUCUGGAGCAUUUGUUGUUUUAAAAACGGACAUGGUUAACCCAGAGGGUGAUCCGCCUAUUUGGAAAAUUGAUGGAAAAGCUCUUCUACAGAAGUAUGUGCCGUUUCAACAAGAUGGCAAGACAUUGUACAAGAACACAUCAACUUACUCUGGCUGGUCCACAAGCAACAGAGACUCCUACUAUCCAGCACCUAUAGUCUUCAAAAUGCAGAAUCGCAAAGAAACUAUUGUCGAGUUUUUGAAAGACAACGUGAAAGUAGGAGAGAUAAAGGAGAAGGAGAAGUCCAGUGAAGAGAAAGAGCCUCAGCAAGCUGAGAAUGAAGGAGAGGGAGAAGAUGAGGAGGAGGUAGAGGAUUAUUUAGAUGAAGAGGAAGAGGAAGAGGAGGUAGAAGAUAUAGAUGAUGAGGAAGAAGAAGAUGAUGAGGAUGGAGUAAAUGAAACUGCAUAAGUUAUUCAGCAGAAUGUGUAAAUCUUUGUGGAUAAAGUGACCAUUAAACCUGCUGGAGGUGUUCAGCACCAGUGACUGCUGGUUAAAGUGUGCACCUGAGAGGGUGAAAGUGAUGUAUAAAAACUAAAAUACAAAUACUUAUGCUUAGUUUAUGAACUCUACCAGUAAAGGUUUUAUGAGUAUUAAGUAACGUGAGAAAGUUUAGCUUACUGUUUACCUUUACGGUAUAGUGAUGUUUUAAUUGUCAGAAACAUUUCCACACACUAAGAGUAAAAUGUGAUUAUUAAUUUCCUCCCCAGUUGCAUUUCAAAAUUGUUUAUUAAGUUUGUUAAUAUUAAUUACUCUUCAUUUGGGUCAUGAUUAUGUGUUUUUCCAUUGAAUAGUUUGCACCUUUAUUUUGAUCCAUUUGUUGUCUUAGUUAUGCAGUAAUGAUUUUCAUAAUCUCAUUGUAUUAUGUGUUCAAUUAUUUUUAUAAUGUGUGUACUUUUACUUGAUUGAAAUGAAGUACUUUAUGUAUUAAAAAUAAUAAAUUUAAAAA